CAGAGUGAAAGAAGGAUCGCUGUGUAGAAGCGACAGAGAGGGGAAGCCUAUUGACUAAUUAGGAGCGCACCUUCAGUCGCGCUAAUAACAGACAGCUUGUAAAUCGGCGGAAAGCGCAUCGCACACAGCGAGGACCGAGGACACUACUUCUCUUCGGAUAUGGCCGAUGUCAUACAUUUUAACGAGGCGUCUUCAGGUGGAAUUGCGAACCGGUUUGCCCGCAAAGGUGCUCUGAGACAGAAAAACAUCCACGAAGUUAAGAACCACAAAUUUACUGCCAGGUUUUUCAAGCAGCCGACUUUCUGCAGCCACUGCACGGACUUCAUCUGGGGUUUUGGAAAGCAAGGAUUCCAAUGCCAAGUCUGCUGUUUUGUGGUCCACAAGCGAUGCCACGAGUUUGUCACAUUCUCCUGCCCUGGAGCAGACAAAGGGCCUGACACAGAUGACCCCCGGAGCAAGCACAAGUUCAAGAUCCACACCUACGGCAGCCCGACGUUCUGCGACCACUGCGGCUCACUGCUCUACGGGCUCAUCCACCAGGGCAUGAAAUGUGAACCCUGCGACAUGAACGUGCACAAGCAGUGUGUGACCAACGUGCCCAGCCUGUGUGGGACAGACCACACGGAGCGACGGGGGCGGCUCUUCCUCAAGGCGGAGGUCAGCGGCGACAAGCUGCAUGUGACAGUGGGAGAGGCCAGAAAUCUCAUUCCCAUGGAUCCGAACGGGCUGUCAGACCCCUACGUCAAGCUAAAGCUCAUUCCUGACCCCAAGAAUGAGACCAAGCAGAAGACCAGAACGAUCCGCUCCUCGCUGAACCCCACCUGGAAUGAAUCCUUCACCUUCAAGCUAAAGCCCUCUGAUAAAGAACGCCGCCUGUCUGUGGAGGUGUGGGACUGGGACCGGACCACCAGGAACGACUUCAUGGGCUCAAUGUCCUUUGGUGUGUCGGAGCUCAUCAAAUCCCCCGUGUGCGGCUGGUACAAGAUGCUGAACCAGGAGGAGGGAGAGUACUACAAUGUGCCCAUCCCGGACGUGAGCGGUGGGAACCUCGAGCUGAAGCAGAAGUUCGAGGCAUGCCAAAACACUCUCCAGUUUCUCAAGAAGGCCAAGCUCGGCCCUGGCAAGAAGAUGAUCACACCCUUGGAAGACAGGAGGUACAACCAGGCCUACAACAACCUCGACCGCGUCUCCCUCUCCGACUUCCACUUCCUGGCACUGCUGGGGAAGGGUAGCUUUGGCAAGGUCAUGUUAGCAGAACUGAAGUCCACAGACGAGUUGUACGCCAUCAAGAUCCUGAAGAAGGACGUGGUGAUCCAGGACGACGAUGUGGAGUGUACCAUGGUGGAGAAAAGGGUGCUGGCACUCAGGGACAAGCCACCAUUCCUGACACAGCUGCACUCCUGCUUCCAGACUGUGGACCGUCUGUACUUUGUCAUGGAGUACAUUAAUGGGGGAGACUUGAUGUACCACAUUCAGCAAGUGGGGAAAUUCAAGGAGCCACAGGCUGUGUUUUAUGCAGCAGAGGUCGCUAUUGGGCUGUUUUUCCUGCACAGGAAAGGCAUCAUUUACAGGGACCUGAAGCUGGACAACGUCAUGCUCGACUCGGAGGGCCACAUAAAGAUCGCAGAUUUCGGCAUGUGCAAGGAGAACAUCUACGAAGGGGUCAUGACACGGACCUUCUGUGGAACCCCGGAUUACAUCGCCCCUGAGAUCAUUGCAUACCAGCCCUAUGGCCGUUCGGUGGACUGGUGGGCAUAUGGGGUGCUGCUGUACGAGAUGCUUGCGGGACAGCCCCCCUUUGACGGCGAAGAUGAGGAUGAGCUCUUCCAAUCCAUCAUGGAGCACAACGUGUCCUACCCCAAGUCCAUGUCCAAAGAAGCUGUAUCCAUCUGCAAAGGUCUGAUGACCAAGCACCCUUCUAAGCGCCUGGGCUGUGGCCCCGAGGGCGAGCGGGACAUCAGGGACCACGCCUUCUUCCGCCGAAUUGACUGGGAUCGGCUCCAGAACCGAGAGAUCCAGCCUCCCUUCAAGCCCAAAGUGUGCGGCAGAGGAGCGGAGAACUUCGACAGGUUCUUCACUCGCACGCAGCCUGUCCUGACCCCACCAGACCAGGUGGUCAUCUCUAACAUCGACCAGAGCGAGUUUGCCGGCUUCUCCUACAUCAACCCACAGUUUGUCCACCCGUCUCUCCAUAGCGUGGUAUGAGGGCCGCUGUGUCUUCUGACGUCCUUCUGAUCCAGCACACAUCUAGACCAGAGGUGGGGAGAGAGAACUCGAGCUAUUAAUGUGCAUUGUGGCCAAAUCUGGUUUCGGAAAAGGUCAUCAAGUCAAGCUGGAAAAAAGUACAGAAUUAAAAUGUACCUCCAUUUUUUCAUCUUAUUUGGACAAACUUGACACCUGAGACCUUUGCUUAGUGGCCGGUACGUGAGAUUACUUGGCUGCUGUUGCGUCUGUCCCGCCACCUGUGUGAAUCACACCACCUGUUGCAUCACUGAUGACCCAUCUGUCCGCUUAGCAUCGCUCAUGCUGGUGGGAUUCUCUCAUCGUCUCGCCGCCUGUCUUUCUUUUUUCUUUGUUUUGAAUCAGCAGAAGCUGCAACUUCAGUAUUAUUUGUUUUAAAACUACGCCUCCAGUGUUGCGUCUGCCCAAAGCUCUGAUGGUUUGGUUAUAUUCGGCAUGUAGAGUAGUGACACCUACUGGUCUGCCUGGCAUGGUGCACCUGUAGGACACAAGCAAGCGUGUCCUUUAUACUCAUUUAGGCUUAGGUUUCCGAAACCCCUUCUGUUAGUGUGUGCAACCACACACACACGCACACGCACACAUAUAUUGAGUUGGGCUCAUAGAAGCAGAACCCUUUAAAGUACUGGAAUCAAUUGGUUCUAAUUGUUAUGCCUACCAAUAUACUACAAAGUAUUCUAACAUUUUAAACUGUUCAUUUAACUGCAAAAGUAUUUCUUUUUAUGUAUUAAACCUGAUUUAUUUCACUGUUAAUCCCCCUCCCAAUAUGUUGCUCUAUGUAUCCUGCAUAUGUUUUAGUAUUGUUAGGGUUUUGUUUGCUACAGCGAUGAUUUUAUGUUCCACUGAGACUCACUGGAUGAGACUCCAUGCGUUGCAUAAAAAAGGGCAGGAAUUCAUUUUUUUGUGCAUUACUCAAAAAAAAAUCAGCUCCUUUUCCUUGAAAAUGUGCUGCUUCACUGAAAAUGAACAGAGGUGUUCCUACGGAGUAUCUGUGCGUUUGCCACGCAGGUUCCUGUUGCAUGCUUGUGUUUCAAGUUAAUGCGCAACUCCUCCUGGCAUGAAUGACACGUAACUGAAAACCAGCCAGCCGUCGCAUCAUUUUACGCAAUAUUGUGUUCUAUUUAUGAAAAAAAUGUUAAACGAAAAAAUGUUGUGAUUCAUUAUUUUCGGUGUUUUUUUUUUUUUUUAUGAAGUUUGUCUUUAUCUGUCAUGCCCUUUUCCAUGUUACCAGUUAAUACUGUUAAAUAUUUUGUACAUACAGGUUGUUUCAGGAGAUCCUGCAAUUUGUAGUUUUUAUAUCGAGUUAAACAUGCUUUUAUUACGCUGCAUAGUAAAACUUGUCCAUGUAAGGAAACUCAGGACGAGGGAACACCCUGACUGUAAUCUGGAGUGGUUUAAGUCUAAGAUCUGUAGGCCUAUUACAGAUGUCCAGUUGUUCAGGUAAGAGGUGAGGGGGUUUCUCUUUUUUUGGACACAUCUUGCUUAGGCUACAUCCUAUUGGCUGAAGAUGGGCUUUCUCUGCAUCCUAUUGGCUGAAGAUGGGCUUGCUCUGCAUCCUAUUGGCUGAAGAUGGACUUGCUCCGACUCCCGUCAUGUGCAUGGAAUCACGCUAUCCAUUUCCAUUGAGCAAAAUGCUGUUAGUAGGGGGCUGUAGAUGGUCCCGGAGGGUCAAGGGAGUGGAGACAUGGCACAAAAAAAAAGGUUGUCGGAAUCGGUAUCUAGAAACUGCUGGAGUUUUUGGGGGAUUUUUAUAACAGUAUAUUUUAUGUUCCCGCUUAAACGAAAAUUUGGAGACUGUGUCAUGUGUCGGGUUGUUGUACAUGGUGAAGCAAUCCUGUCUCCUGCUGUCCUCGACAUCAUACGUUCACGUCAUAAAUAAGCCGUGGGACCAUUAACGUAAGUAAAGCCAGCUCUCCGACCGGUCUGGCCUGUAGACAGGCCUCAUAAUGUCAGUAUUUUCAUCUCUGUACAAUGCAGCAGGGUCUGACCAUUGUCACCAUUAAGGCACAAAUGUCAGCCUUUUCUUCCUGUACUGUCAGACAGUGUUAAUGGUGUUGACUGAAUGCACCCAGGACUGUGUUAGAUACCAUUUCCUUUGGUGGUGCGAAAGAGCAUCAUAUUCGGUACGUCAAGGCGAAAUGUCACAAAAAUCUGCAGAUCACACUGUCGCUGUACUGGCAGCUUAAUCAUCCCAAGGACCCCUGAUUUUCCACUGUCCUCUUUAGUUUAUAGUUGUUCAUAAAGUCAAAAGAGACUAUAUUAUAUAUCACAUUUUGUUUAAGGAGAAUUAUAUUUAAACUAAUUUUAUAAUAGGGAAGUGAAUAGGAGAUGCAUAGAUUUUCUUUAUCACUAAUAAAUCAUUAUGUAAUUAUAAUCACAUGCUUGCUUCACGAAGCAUGACUGACUGUGUAUUCCAUCAAAUCGGUCAUUUCGCUCAGAUAUUUUAAAAUGAGGGGUUCCACCCUGGAUGGAAAAUGGGAGAGUGAACAGAGUUGGCCAGAUUUGAAUGUGCCCAGUUGAUAGACGACCCCGCUGAGCAUUUUACACCAUUGGGACGCCUCUCAGAGCGAUUCUUGCAUGUAAUUUUGCACUUGAUGCAUUUCCCCACAUGUUAAGACUCCCAUGCAUAUGAUUGACUAAGAUCAUCUCGAAGAAGACAUGCCCCUCAACAAAAAUGUUAGAUCUAUCAGGAUUGCUAGGCCUGCACUCUUUGGGAUGGUUCUGUGGGCAUCUGGGCCUAAUCUGAACCAAGAUUCUUGCCCAUUAAGGGUUGCCCCCACGUUCUUUGUUUGGCCCAGGGUUGUUGAACGAAUUACGUUGAGUUUGAAAUGAUCAACACGCUUGAGAAGUGUACACUUUUCUACAAAUCGUUUUGGGCGAGGUUACUUGGCCCCCUGUCAAACAGCCCCCCCCCCCCCCCCCCCCCACAUCACUGCACUUUCACUGUUGUCAGCUUGCAUCAAAGCAGCCUUUCUGUUUGACUCACUGUACGCCUUCAUUUCGCAUGUUAUGCUACCCGUUUGUUUCUUGUUAUUUGUAGUAUGAAGGAUUCUGUGUAUGAAUAAAGGUAUGACGUUUUAA